GUGGAGGGUGUCCCGUGGAGGACUCAGCUCUCCUUCCACGUGAACGGCAAAGCGGUCAAGGUGGAGGACGCCCAACCGCACCAAACCUUGUUGUGGUUUUUGCGAGAGAAGUUGGGCCUCACAGGUACAAAGCUGGGCUGCGGCGAGGGUGGUUGUGGUGCUUGCACCGUCACCGUCUCGCAAUUCGAGGACAACCGCGUGGUGCACCGGGCCGUGAAUGCCUGCUUGGCCCCACUGUGCAGUGUGGAUGGCUGCCAGGUCACCACUGUGGAGGGCCUUGGCACGGCCUCUGCGCCGCACGUGGCGCAGCGCCGCGUGGCGGAGCUCCACGGGUCGCAGUGCGGUUUCUGCACUCCAGGGAUCAUCAUGUCUCUCUACACCACACUCUGCAGGUCACCAAAGCCAACGCUGUCCGAGAUCGAGUCCAGUUUUGACGGCAACCUUUGUAGGUGCACGGGCUAUCGACCCAUCCUGGACGCGGCCAAGACCUUUUGUUGCAACAAGGGUUCCUGCCCAACGACACCAGACACCCCUCCAUCUGGGUCGCCCUCAGAAGAGAAGAACGUGAAGGUUUGGGCCUCCACUGCGCAGACCAUCCAGAGAGCCUUGAUGGGGUGGAGGCGAAAGUGGAGGCGGUCCCCUUUCCCGAGGCCUUGA